AAUGGGCUAAUCCAGUCUCUAUAAUCAUUGAUUACUGUUCUUUCCCUGACCUGAACUCCUUCGCUCUACUCUGCCUUUUCCCUCCAUCUCUAUUCUCUGCCAAGAUUUUUCACGAAAUCAUCACCGAUUUGCCCAAUUGAGUCAUCAGCUGAAAUAGAUUUUCUCUUUCUUAAAAAUGGUAUCAGGCGAUCCACCUCAACGGCCCUUGCCUCCAGCUUCAUCUUCUUCCUUCUCUGAAAAUUGGAAGGAGCGUAUAUUCAUACCCACUCUUCUUGGAGGGAUUGCGGGUGGAGGAGUUGGGUUGGUGUCUAAGUAUCGAAAAGUUCAUGGACUCGCUAACAUUUCUGCUACUUAUGCUACUAAUUUUGCCAUUGUCACUGGUUGCUAUUGCGGGGCACGUGAAUUUGUAAGGGUAACACGGAAAUCUGAACCUGAUGAUCUAAUGAACUCUGCAAUUGCAGGGUUUGGUAGUGGUGCUCUUCUUGGACGUCUUCAAGGUGGUCAAUUCGGUGCCUUCCGUUACUCGAUCAUCUUUACUGUUGUGGGAACAAUGGUGGAUUUUGUUACGAUUAAGCUAAGACCCACAGUGACCAGCUUCAGAGAAUCCAUAUAUGGGGACAAAGAGAAGAAAGGUGGUUGGCUGAAGUUACCUGAGUGGUCUCCCAUUCAAGUACUUGAUGAGGAAGCUCUUGCAGCUAAAGAAGCUAGGGAAAAACAACUAUAUGCACAAAGAGCUCUUGGUAAAUUAAGCAAAGAAGAAUCUUGAGAAAACUCUUUUUAUUUGAACCUGAAUAUGUUGACUUAUAGUUACCAAUAAUAUAUUUGUUUGGCCUGCAAUUUUUUGGCUGAUUAGAAUUGGCUAGGAUGAAUUAAUUUUGAAGCUUUUUAUGAGGCAGGGAUUGUGUUUUCAACUUCUAUGUUCAUUACUAUACUAAUGCUAUUUACCGGCAGAAGUGCUCGAGACAA